AUGGAACCAAAUGAGAUUGAGGAGAGCCUAGAUGCAGCUGAAAUACUGGGGAGGGUAAAGGUCCACACCCGUAUUUACAACCGCAAAGUGAAGGGCAUGGUAGCACUAUGUACUCACUCCAAGGAAGCAGAUCUUGACAAAGUGCCCAAAGAGGUGAAAGUAGAAGGUAUCCCCUGGACAAUUCUCGGGGCAGAGCAGUCCCCUCCUAGUGUGCCUGAGUCACUUGAGGUGGAUUCUUUAGCACAGAAAUUGCAAGCUCUGAUGGUAGAUGAGAAGCGGACAAGAGAAGAAUUAAUUUUAGCAUUAGGAGGGGCUCCAACACCUGCAGCACCCAGCCUGGUGGGAUGGGCCAAAGAGCUGGGAAAUGCUCUCAAAGAUGCAUUGAAGCCGGUACAUGAAAAUGCUCCAUACAAGCGAUUACGUUCAUUCUCGGGGAUGUCACCUGUACCCUCAGGGGAGGAUGAUUAUGAAACAUGGAGGGAUUUUACAGUGCCACUUGUCCAAGAGUGGGAAUGCUCUGAUGCUGAGAAGCGGAAACGGGUGCUUGAGAGUCUGAGGGGACCUGCCAUGCGAAUUAUCCGAGCCCUGAAAGACUCACAACCAGCUGCCACAGUGCAAGACUAUUUAACCGCUCUUGAGAGUGUCUACGGUGCUACCGAUAGCAGUGAAGACCUGUAUUAUCGUUUCCGCCAUACCUAUCAGGAGCCCCACGAACGAUUGUCUGAUUUCAUCAGGAGACUAGAGGAUUUGCUACAGCAGGUAGUGCGGAAGGAGGGCAUCCCCACCAAGCGCAUUGAUUUCGCUAGGUUGGACCAAAUCCUCCGGGGCACCCGACAAGAUGGGUUGAUGUUGUGGAAACUGCAGCUGAGGGAGCGGGCCCAAAACCCACCCCCAUUCCACAAGCUCAUUCGAGAGAUACGUGAGGAGGAGGAGCGAUUGUUGCAAGCGGAUGCAGUGUUGCAGCCGAAGAUGGCAGGGAGUCACACCACCACAGUGCUUGGAGAGAUGGAAGAUGCCUCAUCAGUGGCAGCAGCACUGAGAGAUUUGACCUGA